AUGCGAUUUAGUUUGAUUCGAGAUAUGAUUGGUUGUUACACCAAGGGCAUGGACAGUACAAAUAAUCGUGCCACGCAUCAGUUAAGGGAGGCUACAUUGAUUAUCAAGCGUACGUUACAACAGAUUUAUGAGGUGUUCUUUUCAAAAGAGGGACAUACAAUGGCUCUUAUUGAAUCGUAUGUCACUACCUUCCAAAAGACUUUUUUGAUACCUGCUCACAAAAGCCAUGGUAAUGAGACACCUAGCCAAUCCGCUAUCACACGUCUCUUUUCGCCAAGUUCCAAUGUACAUCUAAUUGUUCGAUAUUUACCCGACUCUCUCCAGAACUACCUUCCCGAUUUUGACCCUAUGCCUCAUCUCACAGAAGACGAUGUGCAAAAGUUAGCAAAAAUGUGGAUCGAGCAAAUUGAAUCACUUUUUAAGGAAAAACUUCAUGAUAUCCUUUCACCGAUCCAAAACCAAGUUGAACUCAUUCAGGUACGACAGAAACUGUGGGAUUUAUUGGAUGAGGAUGAAAACACAAAGAAAACAGCAUGGCAAAAAGCCGCACAAAACUUACUUGGAUCUCAUUAUUCGAUAUGGGAUGGUCUCUACAGAGAAGGAUUUAACUAUAGUUUUAAAUCAGUCAUAGAUAAAGCCUUAAAUGAGCUAUCGAAUCAGCCCAAUGCGAUUAUUUGGCCACUUGUUACAGAUCCUGUCAAGUUGCAACAAACUAAAAAGGAUUUCUUUGUCCCAAUGCACAUAUGGCCAGGUGCCGAUGCAAAGCAACAGAGUGCAUUUACUCUACCAAACUUUGCAUCCUCCAAAGAGAUCGAAACCUUCAAGGCGUCGUUAAAAGAGACUGCAAAUGACCGCACAGAAACCCUUUGUAAACUCCAAACGUCGUUUGAUUCUUGUUUGGCAAAAAUUAGAAUAGAUGUGCAAGCACAUCUUAUCCAUUUCGAUCAUGACAAUUUUCAUGUAAAAAGUGAUACAGAUAUGAUCAAAUCGUACUUCCAGGAUAAUUGUUAUGAGGCUGCGCUAAAGUAUUCUGCAAAUGUGAAUACACUUAUCGGUAAAGUGACGUUAUGGACAGAUAAAAAGAAGAGAAAUGAACUGUCAAUAUUUUUGGGUAGACUCACGCGGAAUAUUGCGCUCCUCUCUAAAGAAUUACCCAAGUCCUUGUUAUUAUCUGCCGAAACAACGCCCAUCUUUGAACUACGUAGCAGAAUUAACAAAGAUCCCAACUAUACUACCAUUCAAACAGACUUAAUACGCACUUUCCAUCAGGCACAUGACCUCUGGAUCGACUGGUUAGAAAAAGAAUUUGCCCAAAAAUUACGAAUUAUUUUGGCAACGACAAAUUGGAAUGACCAGUGUGCUUCAAUUUCUAUAUGGGAGAGUAAGACACAUAUAUACAAAUACAAACAACAUGUUUCUCAUUGUUUCAUUAGAUAUAGAAGAAGAUAUCAGAUUACCAACACAAGCAACCAAUGCAACUGUUAG